UAUUGGUCUGCGCUUUGAUUGACGGCGCCGUCGUCCAAUAGAAACAGAGAACGGGUCUGCCCAGAUGUGUGUGAAGAAGACGGUCAGAGGGAGCAGGAAAAGCUUCACAGAGGGAGACACGAGCCGCUCAGGCACCAAAACACGAAAGAUGCCGUUUGCCAGCGACAAGCUGUACAAUGGAUACAUGCGGCGCAACAUGCCGACCUUUGUGAAAAAGCUGGACGCGCGAGAAAUCAUGUACCAUCUACCUUGCUUGACUCCUCACGACAGGGAAAACAUCGAGGCAAAAAGAGAGACUCGUGGGAACAGUGACAGCGUGGUGGCUCUCCUGGACUGUCUGAAGAGGAGAGAAAACUGGCCGGAGCAGUUCAUCGAAGCACUCGACGCGUGUGAGCAGCCGACUCUGGCAGCCGAGAUCAGAGCGGAGUACGACGCUCUGAGAGGCGUCCCAAAGUCAGCAAGCCAAGUACCUGAUUCCAGCCCCAGCUCCCCUCCAACCACUGUCGUCAGGGCUCACGUCCAUCCAGCACCAUCUGCCGCUGUGUCCGUCCCAGCGAGCGGAGCCAGCGGUCCGGCUGCUGCUGCUCCUCCAGCCGGAGCGUCGGCUCCGUCAGAGCCAGCUGCUCCGGCCUCGCCCCCUCUGGAAACCCCUGUGAGUCCGCAAGACCCCCAGAGCUCAGCAGCUCGACUUCCCAAGGCCACCUCCCCUCCUGAGCCCGUCCCCGAGCCUCCGCGGCCCGCUCAGGUUGAAGUGACACCUCCUCCAUCAACACCUCCUCCUUCUCCUGCCUCUACUACCCCACCUCCUCAGAGGGAGGUGAACUCUCACCAGGAGCCGGAGGAAAACUCUGAAUCAGACGUCCAGGACGUCUGUGGAGACGAUGCUGUGAUCCCUGAUCAGACGAGCGCAGCAAACCAGGUAUCGAUCGCUCCUCCACCAUCGUGUCCUGCCGGGCCGCGUGAGACAGACGCUCCGUCCCCAGAUCGUCCCCACACAACAACGACCUCCACAGAGGUCAGACCACCACAGAGUCCCUCUCCUGCUCACAUCAACUCAGAUGUGACCGAUGGAUCCUCUUUCCUCACCCUGACCCCAAAGAGGCCUCCAGUCCAGGACACCAGCCCUCCUGUGGACGUCGAACCUGCUGCUGUCCUGCAGCCUGAGGAGACGUCUGAACCUCCUGCUGCACAGGUCGUUGGAAAAAGCCGGCGGACACAAACUAAAGCUCCGGCCUCCCCGCAGCCUGCUGCCGCUGCUGAGAACGACGUCUCUGUCUCCGAGGAUUUCUCGGUGUAUCUGAGCAAACCUGGCCGACUCGUCAGCAUGCACCCGCAGAAUUACAGCAGCCCGACCAUCCCUGCACCCAACUCGCCGGAGCAGUUCUACUCGGGUAACAGCGAGCGUCUGGAAAUGAGUGACGCUGCAGCGGACGAUGACACCUCUGCCCACCUUCCUGCGUGCUCUGCCGUCACCUCCACCACCGUGAGAACAGCGUCUGCACUGCCAUGCCAGGAGCAGGGCAUCGCUUUUAACCACAACGAACCGGAGGAAAACUACUACGAGUCUCCAGCUCAGAGUUUGGGAAUGCAGACAGUGCAGGAGAACUCUGUGCAUGUAUCCGGGGAGCCGUCUAUCAUGAAUCUAGACGGCCAAAUCGCAACACCACAAGUUCAAAUCGUCACCGGCGAAGCAGCCAAACAGAUCACUUCUGCACCGCCGCUAUCCAACAACGCUGCUGAUUGUGUUGUGAGUGUGAACGCCGCCUCCAGCGAGAACCACCUCCCCUCUGAGCCUGCGCCCGCUGAGCCGAAGGAUUCACAGGAGAAGAUGGCCUCUCGCACCCUGCCGGCUAAUACAAAGUACAUUCUGAUGGCUGCAGGAGUGGGCGCCUGUGCACUGCUGAUGGCGUGGAGGUUUAGAAAUAAGGGGAUUUAAUACCUUUUAAAGGAAGAUUGAUUUUAAGGUUUCGGUGCCUAACUGUAUUCAUUGGACUGGGAUGGCGUGAGGCAGCUGUUAAGUUAUUACCUUCAGUAAUAACAGCUGACUUGCUAGACCUUUGAUCAUGUCAUUAAUCACAAGUAUGGGUGUCUGGAUAUACCAGUAUUGAAGAUAACCGUGAUUUUAAAAAAGAAAUAUUGAUAUCAUGUCAAUUAAUUAUCAAUCCCGCUAGGAUUUUGCAAUGUUGCAAUUGCAGAAAAAUCACGCUAUCCCUGCAAUUUCUUCCAAUCGCCGCAACUUUACAGCAGCUUCAACUCAUCUUAUUGUGAGCACACGUGAAUCUCAUCCUCGUCAACCCCGAUGUUUCUGAAUCUUCUUGACUGGCUUGAAACCUAUGUGACAAAUAACCAGCUAUGUUUUUAAUAUUUGCUUUAUUUUAGGCCAGUAUAGACGCUGGAAAGGUAUCAUAUCAUGAUAUCCAUCCCAUGAAUUGUAACUUAGAUGCAAAUCAAAGUCUCAGUGAUCUCUUUACAAUCACUGUAACCUUAGAAAAACUUUGACUCAUCUCAUUACGAGCACACACGGCCUCGUCGACAUUGACUUUGCUGUGUCUAAAUCCUUUUGCCGGCUCAGAUCAGCAUGACAAAGAAACCUUUGGACCAGCUGGGAUUUUACUGAAAUAUUUGCUGUAUUUUAUUGGCUCUGAAAAUGCAUAAUAUCAUGUUAUGCAUGAAAAAAGCUGCCGUGAAAAAAAGGCAUUUCAGGCCACAACAAUCACACUUUGUCUCGCUGCCCCAAAGCCAUGCGGUUGCCUUCUCGCUCUCCGUUAAGUGUAAUUUCUCUUUUUGUAUACUUUUGUAAAGUUAAGGUAAAUGAACUUACACUUACUCUGUCACCCUGAGAGUCCUGCUAAACUCGGCUCAGACUCUCAAAGUUAUUAUUGGGAAGAAAAAGGGAACGAAUAGUCGAAUGUUCAUAUUGAACAGCCAAAUCUGAUUCACCUGACAUAAUUUUGAGUUGGGCACAGCCUUAAUUUUGAGUGUAAUUCACUAACCAAAAAACGAGACAAAAUGCACUUAAGGAUUUAUUUUACUGAAAGUAUUAUGACAUCCUUUUUUUGUUUUGUUUUUGUCAAAUUUUUCAGAGAUAUUGCGAUAAAAUCGUAAUCGUAAACUGUUGGCCAUGAUAAUCGUCUAGUGAAACUAUGACAUUGUGCUUUACCACUGUGCCUUGUUGUUAAGUUGCACUAUGUUUUAUAAUUUUAUUGUUGAAUGAUGUUGACCACAGUGAGCAAAAACCAAAUCUGCCCUUCAUAAUCUGGUUUGGGAACUUAAUGGAGCUGCGUUCAAAUCUGAGGUUAAUUAUGCACUUGCUGCAAAUCUGUGGUUUGUGAGGAAGCACUUUGCCUUUUAUUAAUGAAGGAAACAAUCAGAAAGUAUUUAAACAUGUGCAAUAAAAAUUUGACACACUUGAUAGGUCCUUGGAGCUCAAAAUUUGGUAACCACCAGUUUAAACCAUUGAUGUUUGCUCUCUGCCCAUCAUCUGGUGUAAAUUUUUGAGACAUUUUAUUUUUCCACAGAUUUCUCUCAACAUGUUUGACUGUGUCACAUACUUAAAAUGAGAUUAUUUUAACAGCAUUGUCAAUUCAGUGUUAGAAAUGUAAAAAAAAAAAACCCAUCCCAGCUUUGCACACUUUAGGCGGAUAUUUGAGCUGCAAAGAUGUAUUGUCAUUUUCCUUACUUUGUUUGCACUGUCCCUCUCUGUGAAUUUGAUAAUUACAUCAAUAAACCUGAAUUUUCUUUAAAAAAA